AUGAGGCAGCGAACAGUGGUGAUGUACGUGGAGAUCGGUUGCUUUGUGUCCUGUCUGUGUGGCUGGGUUCUGAAUUGUUCCACUCUGGCCACUGAGUACUGGGUCAUCUCAGAAAGUGCGUCUGUGGUUCUCAGCGCCGGUGAUUACUAUUCCAACCUCUGGAUGGACUGUGUCGCAGACACCACAGGAGUAUCUGACUGUAAAUACUUCCCCUCCAUGAUGGACCUGCCUGUUUUCCUCCAUGUAAGCAGGGCCCUGGCUGUCGUCUCUGUGAUCUUUGGCUUCUGGGGGGCUGUUCUCGCUCUUAUUGGGAUGAAAUGUACCAAAAUCGGAGGCUCUGAGCUCGCCAACGCCAGAGUUACAUUUGCAGCAGCGUUGACAUACAUGGCAUCUGGAUUUUGUGGUAUGAUAGUGUACUCCUGGUGGGGAGAAAAGGCACGCUCAGAAUUUGUGGAUCCAUAUUUCUUAGAAUUAAAUGAUUGA